CAGAAAUUAAUAGAAAAGUUAUCUUCCUCCAAAUCCCUAAUUUUCUCCUCUCAAUCUCGUAUUCACCUCAACCUAGGCCGCCGGCAAGGUUGUCAACCCGCGGGUUGACCCACUUUGACCCUGACCCGAUGAGAAAAACGGGCCGCACACACCCGCCGGGUCGACCGCCAUAAGGUAUCGGGUUGGAGGUCAAAUUGUGUCAUUUUUUCUUUGUUUUGCGAAAUGCGCCUAUUUUUCGAUUUUUCUUUUCGCCUAACUCAAUCUUUAGAAUCAAUCUUUGGAAUCCUAAGUUGAACAUUUGAAUAUUAAUGUUAUAUAAGUCUGUGUGAAUUUUCACUAUAUGUUGAAUCUAAGUACGAAAUGUUAUUUUGGUGUAAUAUUAUAUGUUAUAACUCAUAUGUUAGAUGAGAUUUGAUAUAAUUUAUCAGGAUAAGUACAAUAUAAUGACGCUUUCCAUAUUUCCGGGUUAAACCGGGCUAAACCGGGUGACCCAUUAACCCUUGACCCACUAGCUCAACCGGGUCCGGGUCAACCCGCGGAUUGACAACCUUGGCCGCCGGCCAUUCUACUCUUUCUUCCCCAAAUUCUCUUCUAAAUCCCUAAUUCCUACCAAUUCUCAAUUAUCCAUCCAAAUCGAUAGAUCCCUAGAAAUAGGUUUCUAUCAGCACCCCUAGUCACUGGAUCCGCACUACGUGUCUCCUCUGAAGCUGGAUUUAGCCAUUAGUCACCGAAGGUCGGAUCGCCAUCGCUCCGUCGUCUGAUUCAUUGGCGUCAAAAGGCAUCAUCUUCCUCCGAGGCUGAACCUGGUCGCUGAAGCUCGCGUCGCUGUAGCUCGCGUCGCUGUCAUUUUGUACUCACAAUGCUAGCGCUGAAGGCACUAUCGACUUCCCGUCUCGGAAAUCGAUGGUUGAUUCCGGUGGGGGUUUUCCCCAUUUCCCCCUUCUCUGAACUGGCAGGAAGGUCAACAAGCUCAAGCUCUACAUGUUUAGUUGACUGUCUGAUUACAAAAUUCGAAUUCCCUGAAACCAAAGCCCUCUCCAUCGCUGCUCGAAUUCCCCGUCUCAAAUCUUCCCAAAAGCCCCUAGCUUUGUUCGCGUUCCUGCGAGGCCUAGGGUUCUCUCUUGACUGUAUUCAGUCUACUGUCUCUGGGGCUCCGCAGAUUCUCUUCGCUAGCGUUGACAAGAACCUUAAACCCAAGAUCGAGCUGUUUCAGAAAUUGGGUUUCGAGAGUCCUCGUCUUGUUAAGUUCCUCUCUAAGAAUGGUGUUGUGUUUGCUGCUAGUCUGGAGAAGAAGCUGCGUCCUCGAGUUCAUAUUUUGCUGGAAACUUUCCAUCAGAAGGAUGUGCUUAGGGCUAUUGAAAAAUGCAGUUGGCUUGCAUUUAUGUACCCAAAUUCUAGAUUGUUGUCGAACGUUGCUUUGUUGCAGGGCUGUGGCAUUGUUGGGUCUCAGCUCUCGAUGCUGUUGAAGAUGCAGCCUAGGUUGUUCAUUAGGACAGAUUGUCAAGUUAGAGACAUUGUUUCGAGGACGUUGGUUUUGGGGUUUUCAGCGGAAUCACGGAUGUUUAUAUAUGGGCUGUCUGCUGUUAGUGACUUCAGCGUGGCAACACUUGACCGGAAGUUUGCUGUAUUCGAGGGUUUUGGGUUUUCAAGGAGUGAAUGCAUUGCAAUGUUCAGAAGAUGUCCGACCGUGCUGGGUCGCUGUGAUGAGAAGUUAAGUUCUGGCGUGGAUUUCUUUUUGAACACCGUGAAUCUGACAAAGGAGAUGGUGGUCCGUAGUCCUGCACUGUUGAUGUAUAGCAUGGAGGGAAGAGUUAUUCCUCGAUAUCGAGUUUUGAAGACUAUGGAAUCAAAGUUUCUCUUCAAGAAGAAGCCAAGCUUUAGCUCUGUUAUGAGUCUUACAAAUGAAAGAUUCCUGGAAAAGUUCGUAUUCAUGUAUCCAGAACACGCAGAGGAACUAUUAAUUGUUUACAAUGGUCGCAAUGUGGAUUCCUCUGCAGAUGCAGCUUAUUCAUAGUUGUCAGUGAUUGAUUUCAUCCAGCCACCUCACCUGGAGACCUUGUUGCAAAUGCUUUUGAUGCGAAAGAUAUGUUGGUGAUUUGAAAUGUUGUUGAGGGUCCAUGGUUAUUAGAAGAAUGGAAUGGAAUUGCAGAUGUAAAGUGAUCAUCUUGGACAUUUUCUAUUCAUCUUGUGGCGAAGUUGACAGCAAGAAAACCUUUGUGGAGGCCAUCAGUAUUGCAAUGAUUUUAUCAACAAGUUUACUUACUCAUAUUGUCCAGAGGAUGAAAGGGAGUGGCUGCUGUAUAAUCUGGAUUAGUCUCGUGAGAAGAAAUGUAUGACCAAUCAGUCGACCACCUCCCCUUCCUUGUCUAUGUUUUCCCCCCUGUAACUGUAAGGUUUCUAACCACUUAUGGAUAGUACAAACUACAAAUUUGAGCUCAGAUGACAUGGUCAAUUAGGUUAAAAUUUUCUUAAUGCUGCAAUUUCUGAUGAUGUAUGGUAUUCAUUCAAACAUUUCUUAUUGAAGCAAGCUUGUUGAGUAUGUUAUUUCUUGCUAGUGUCACGACCAGAUGUUUGCUUCUUUCGAACUCUGGAUCCCCAUUUGUGCACUUAGCUCAUCCAAUCCAACCUGGUAUCAACUUGUGUAUAGGUGUCAGUGGUUUGAUCUGAUCCAGAUACUUCACCUGGAUGAGGCUCCAAGCUUGUUGCCAAAGCUUUUGAUGUAAGGUAUUGCGAUUUGAAAUGUUGGGCAUUUCCUAUUUCAUGGUCCUGUAACAUUAGUACAUCGAACUAAGAAAAACAAUGUGUGUUCUUGGUAUUAUGAUUGGGUUGUCAAUGAUGAUUGACUGGGUGCUAGAAACUAAUUUGAUCAUGCGGCGAAGAUGACAGCAAAAAAACUUUUGUCGAUGCCCAUCAAUAUUGUUGAUACAAUGAUUUUGUGACCAGACUGCCACCCACUUCAACAUUCUUUGCCUGACCUUAUUCCUGGUAGGUGUUUUAGUAGAGGAGAAAGUCGAUAAAGAAAUAUACUGAAACAAGCAUGCCAAAGAAAUCGGAUUCUGUGCAUGCUGCUACGAAAGAAUUCUUGGAGAAAGCUGCCUGUGAGAUCGUUGGAGCGUAAGCAGGCAGCUUCAGUGGACCCAUACAAAUUGACAGUGGCACAACCGAUGAGGAAGAAGCACCUGGGGACUAAUUUCAUCAUAUGUUCUGGUAAACAUCUGCGAAUUCUCUUAGCAAGACCUCAUGUUGUUCAGCUAUACUCCUUGGUUGUUUGAACUUCUUGUGGUUUAUGGUGAAUGUAAGUGUCAAAUUGGUUUGAAACUUUUGAAUAUUUCAGACUUAUGGGAAAUCCAGCCAAAGUGGAAGAAUCCAAUAUCUUUCCAUCUUUAUGUUUCUCUGUGUUUGUCAGAGAUGCUCUCUGUUUGAUAUCUGAUGAUUAAAUUCCACAAAGAGAGGGAACACCACACGGAAUAUUUGCUUAGGGCUUCUCUUUAUAGCAAGCUUGUAAAAAACUUAUGCAUGUGAUGUGCUUUGAGAUACAUUCCGAAACUUACACGGGGAGCACGUGUCGGAACUCGGAAGCAUUGCCUCUUCAGGAUUAAUAACAUCAAAAUCGGUGAUAACGAUUAUUAGAAUUGGUGUAGAAGCUAAUGUGGUUUAUCUACUAGUAGUGUCAAGUCAACUUGAGGCCUCAGAGCCCUGUAUGGUGAUUUAGGAGCCUUUGGUCUAUUUGCCCAUCUCCUUUCUGUACUUGGUCCUUCUGCGACAGCAAGUCAAGAGUCUAUUUGCCCAUACCCUUGCUUGAUAUUGCUCGACUUUCUGUUGCCAUUAACUGUUUAGCCAAACCUGGUCCUUAGCUGGUGUUUCUAACAUGUUCCAUGGUAUAUACACGUUUCUGGUGUAAUCUGGGCAGAAUUGAUAUGCUGGUAACACACUAACACUGGAGUUGACAAUUUCUGUCUUGUUCUUGUGUUGCUCAGCUCUUGAUAAGCAUAUGACAGUGUUGAUACUCGGUAUUAUCGUCUCAUGAUGGUGCUGCAGAAAGCAGUCGGAGGAUGACCGUCCUGAGAAACACUUUCGAGGUUCAACUGCCUGAGUGAUUGUGCCGUUUUGCGCAGUUUCCAUGCUCCUUGAUGGCUAGUUUUUCUGUUAUUUGCCUAUUUGUAGGGGAAAUGGCAUGGCAUGGCAUGGCAUGUGAAUACCCUUUCAACUAGAGAUAGCCCUCAUAUGCUUGGAAAUAUACACCAAUUUGAUGUGGCAGUAAAAAGGAAGAUUUCCCGGGUAAGGUUCGAUCAUUUGAAGUUGAUUUUGUUAUGCCUGUGGUCAACAUAUAAUGACUCCAUGUCAACUUAUUCGUCAUGCAGGAAAGCUCAGAACAGGGUAGCCCCGCGGCUCUAUUCGACAAAGUGCGCAAGAAGUUAUCCAAUAUGAGUAGCAACAUAGAAUGUUGCUAAAUAUCAAUGUUUAUGAAUCUGGUUGUGAUUUUUUUUUUUAGUUUGGUUGGUAAUCAUUUAUAUGCUUAUUACUAAAGUUCUAAUUGAUUUCUAGUAUGGGGUGUCAACGAUUUUCUCGUACGAGUAACGAUGUUCGUGAGUUGUGAAUUAGAUUACUUAAUAUGGUUAGUAACUACUUUGAGUGUGGUUCUGAAUGGCGUCAUUAAAAAGUUUGAACAUGCUACGUAACAAUGCGGAGCAGAGGUGAUACGGAUUUUUACGAUGUGAUUAGGAGAGAGAUUUUUGUGUUUAUUUAAAUUUGCAAAUUAUUUAAGGCGGAAAGUAGUAAACAAAAGGCCAAAAAUAGUCAUUGCAUACUAACAAUGGAGUACAACAAUACUAUUAUCCAAGUAUUGUGAAACCGUAUCAAAGGUUUUUUUUUAUGCAAAAGAUUAUUGUACUUUGAAAGAUCGGUUACAGAGGGGGAAAUAAAUAUAUUGAAUCUAAACCAAGAUCAUAGCAACUCAGGAAAACCGGUUGAAAUCAAACUGUGGUUGAAAGGUACAUCAAAGAUUAGCAAGGCAACAAAAUGACAUCAACCACCAAAACACAGUUAAGCUUUUGAACCAGACACAACUGACAACACACUCACAAGCUCUCUUUCUUCCAACCAAACAAAGGUGCAAUAAGAUCAGCAACAACUUGUCCAAUUACAGUGAAAUACAUGACAAUUGAGUACAACAAUGCCAUAUGUCCCCUCCUGUGGAUUGCUCAAAUACAACAAUUACAGUGAAUCUAAAAAAACGAGUAGAGAAUAACUUCACCAUAGACGAUGAGACCACCAGACUAGGGCAAUCAACCAUCACAAGGAGAGAAUCAAUGUUCCCAACCUGUAAUCUCCAGAUCCCAAGAUGAGCUAGCCCAUAACAGGAAACCCAAUAUAGAACGAAGAGCAACAACUAGACUAGAGAGUGAAAAAUGGAAGGCCACAACUAGGGGUGGGCGUUCGGUCGGUUCGGUUUGAACCGAACCGAACCAGGAUAUACCGAUUUUCCGAAAUCCUCAACCGAAUUCGAACCAAGUUGUAAUUCGGUUCGGUUCGACCGAACCGAAUUACAACUCGGUUCGGUUCGGUUUGAAGGGUCAGAACCGGAUUGCUACUGCUGCCCCCCGUUUUUGCCUGCUGCCUUUUUUUUGGUGAACAAGGGCGCUAAAAGCACCUUCCAGAACCACCGCAUCUCUCCCAUACACCCAAACCCUCAUGUCUCUCCAUUUCUCCCUCUCUCUCCCCCCUCCAACAAAAGCAAUCGAUGUAGAUUAGAAAGCGACGGUGCUGCGGUGGAAUAUCCUCCGUCUCGUGACUCAUCGGUGAGCAAAAACAGCAGGCUGCGACGGCGGUAUCUCCUCCGACUCGCGACUCGUCGGCGAGCAGAAACAGCGGGCUGCGGCGGCGGUAUCUCCUCUGACUCGCGACUCGGCGGCGAACAGAAAGCAGCGGUGCUGCGGUGGUAUCUCCUCCGUCUCACGACUCACCGGCAACCGCGAUUGAUGCAGAAGCUAGAAUACAACGCAACGGCAGGCGGGUAUGACGAUUGAAUGUUAGAGGUCAGUAUGGUUGUAGAUUCAAGCAUGCAUGUCGUUUUUCUGUUUGAUUUUCACCUUCGAGUUUCAGUAGCAUCGUCGCUCUUUUCGAUUCAGGAGUAGAAAGCUUGGAUUUUGGAGAAGAAAGUUCUGAUUUUCAAUAUUGAUUUGAUGCAUUUGGGGUUUUAUAUUUGGAUUUGGGUUUUUUUUUAUCUCAGGGAGGAGAAGGGAGCGGAGAGAGGGGAAAUGGCAUCGAAAUCUAGUGGCCGGCGAGGAGGAGUUGGCGGCAAAGCCAGCGGAUGAGAGGAGGAUUCGGCGGACGGCGAUGAUGAUGGAUGGUCGUUGGCGGCUUGUGUCAAGGAUUUGGUGUUCUUUGUUAGGGUUAGGUUAGCAGUAGGGAUGGAGAAGUUGUGGGCUUAAGGGAUUAAUUUUGGGCUUUGUUUGAUUUGGGUUGUGAGGGAUUUGUGUUUUAUUUGGGCUGUGAAAGAAUUGGGCUUUGUGAGAGGUUGAGUGGUCAGUUGGGUUGUAGUAUUGUGGGUUAAAUUUUUUGUUCGGUUUCUCGGUUCGGUUGUUCGGAAUUCGGUUUCGGUCUGCAUACACCUGGUUUCCGAAACAAAGGGUUUUGGCUUCCGAAUUCCGAACCGAACAACAAUAAUUCGGUUUCGGUUCGGUGUAAUUCGGUUUCGGUUCGGUUCGGUUCGGGUUUACCGAACCGGAUGCCCACCCCUAGCCACAACGACUGGAGAAAGAGAAUCAAAAUGAAAAGUUCGAGGAAAAAUCGCCAAACGCCAAGGCAAGAAAAGCGAGAACAAGAAAAACACAAAUAAAGCGAAAGGAGAAGGAAGUGAGCUGUCACCGAUCACUCAAAGAGAGCCAGCGACAGCCCCUGAAGGCGGAAGAGUGGAGCUGGAGUUAAAAAGAAGGGAGAACAAAAAUUAAAAUUUAAGGAUGCG